AUGGCCCUCAAACAGGUGUUCAAGAUGAAAGAUCUAGGUGAACUCAAAUAUUUCCUUGUUAUAGAGUUUGCCAGAAACAACAGUGGCAUUCUUAUGAAUCAGAGAAAAUACUCACUUGAGUUAAUCUCUGAACUUGCCUUAUCAAUAUCCAAACCAGUGAGUAUAUCUAUGGACACAAAUGUGAAGCUUGCUACUAAGGAAUAUGAUGAUAAGUUGGAAGACAAGGGUCCAGAAGAUCCACUACUAGCAGAUGUUAGUUCAUAUCAUAGACUGAUUGGCAAAUUAUUAUACUUAACUGUGACUAGGCCUGACAUAGCAUUCAGUGUCCAAACACUGAUUCAAUAUCUUCAACAGCCUAAAAAAAUCUCAUAUGGAUGUAGUAAUAAGAAAUGUGAGAUACAUCAAGUCACAACCAGGACAAGGAAUCCUUAUAUCUAG